CCGGCGAGGCGCUCUCGGACGCCCUGCGCGUCUCGCCGCUGGGCUGCUUCGAGCCGGCUGUGGGCGAGGAGGCCGAGGAGGCGGACGAGGACGCGGCGGCUCUGGAUCUCAGCCGCAAACUGCAGCGCAAGAAGGAACGCGCCAGUCAGCCGCGCCCGGGGGCUCGACAGAAGGUGGCUGCCGCCAAGCUGUUGGAGAUGCAGAAGGCCGGCAAGCAGGCCAGCUUCCUCUCCAGCCUGCACUGCUACCUGGAAGUUUGUGUGAACAGCGGCCUGGUGAACAGGGCCUACAACACGCUGCUGUACUACCGCAACCUCAGCCGCAACUUCCACCGCACCACGGACGUGCGGGACGUGCGGCUCCACAACACGCUGCUGGCUGGCUUCGCCAAGAAGGGCCAGCUGGACCGCGUCUCGGACGUGCUGAAGGUGAUGCGCGACGACCUGGUGGCGCCAGACGCCGAGAGCUACGCGCUGGUGUUCCAGUGCCUGGGCCGGCAGCCGAAGACGACGGAGAACGUCCGGUUUGCCCGCGGUCUGCUUCAGGAGAUGGACGAGGCGGGUGUCCGUCUGAGGGACGCCAACGGUCUGUCGCUGGGUGGAACCAACCGCGCGCUCGCCCUCAAAGCGCUGAGCUGGGCCGACCAGGGCCGGGCCCGCGCCUGGCCCACCACCCCCGUCCACUACGACUGCUCGCUGCUGACCCACCUCAACGCUGACCUGGACACGCAUCAGGUGGAGUCGCCGGCUCUGGGUGUGAAGCUGGAGCGGCCGUACAGCGAGCUGGCUCGAGAGCAGAUCAGCAACGAGCUGGCCGGCACCGUCACCGUGGCGAGCGUGUACCGCCCGAGCGAUGAGCCGCUACCCCGCUCCAGGGAGCACAGUAACGCCUACAUGUCCCGCCUGGAGGCCGACUGGGAGAAGAGCCUGACGGCCGGCUUCCACCGCAACCUGGGACCCGUGCGCCAGCAGUACCACAGCAACCAGAUGAGCCGCUGCAUCAGCCUCUACCCCUACCUCACCGGCAUGGAGGUGCGCGAGUACGUGCGCCUGAUGAUGACGGAGAUCCAGGGUCACCUGUCCAACUCGGCCCAGCAGCUGCUGGGCAGGAGCUCGCUGCAUCGUCGGCUCGGCGAACUCGCCAUGAAGCGGUACCAGAGCCACGUGAAGCAGAGCUCGGGUCUGGUGGACCGUCUGAUGGAGGUGUACGGUGUGUACCUGGACUGGUACGGUCGGGCCGAUGCCCCAGGCUACACGCCUCGGCAGCGCUGGAGCCGCGUGGUGGCCGAGCACCGCUCAACCACAGACCUGGAGUACCGCGACAGAGGCUGGUCUCCCGUUAUCAUCAGCAGCAUCGGACAGUUCCUCUACAAGCUGAUCCUGCACGACGUGAAGAUUGACCCCAGCAUCACCAAGCUUGCCCGUCUUACCGAGCACCCGAUCCCGGCGUUCUACACGGUGUUCCGCCAGGACGGCGCCCGUCACCGGGAGGUAGUAAAGCCGCACCCGGCGCUGGCGCGCCUGUACCGGGCCACGCGCCGCCACCAGAUCACGUUCGACACGAACCUGGUGCCGAUGGUGUCGCCGCCGCUGCCCUGGGUGUCGGCGCGCUCCGGCGGCUACCUCAUGUCCUCGUCGCCGCUGAUGCGCAUCAGGGCGUCUGGCCAGGCGAGCUCGCAGCUGAAGCGGCUGGAGGAGACGCCCACCCAGCAGCUGUAUCCGGUGCUGGACUCGCUGAACCAGCUGGGAGCCGUCCCCUGGAUCAUCAACCAGCAGGUGCUGGACGUCGUGCUGCACUUAUUCAACAACAACGGCUGUGCCGAGCUGGACAUCCCGGCGCCGGUGACGCAGCUGCCGCCGCUGCCUACGCUGGACAGCACCAUGACGCCCGCCGAGAAGCACCAGGUGAAGCAGCAGCGGGCUCAGAUGAGUCGCCGAAAAGCGGAGCAGUUCAGCCUCUGGUGCGACGCGCUCUACAAACUCAGUCUGGCCAAUCACUUUCGCGAGCGCGUGCUGUGGCUGCCACACACGGUGGACUUCCGCGGGCGCGCCUACCCCUGCCCGCCCCACCUCAGCCACCUGGGCUCCGACCUGUCGCGCUCGCUGCUCAAGUUCGCCCGGGGCAAGCCGCUCGGUCAGAAGGGGCUCGACUGGCUCAAGGUGCACCUGAUAAACCUGACGGGCGUGAAGAAGCGGGAGCCGACGUCGGAGCGGCUGCGCUACUGCGACGAGGUUCUGGACGACGUUCUGGACUCGGCCGACCGGCCGCUGACGGGCCGAGGCUGGUGGCGGCGCUCGGAGGAGCCGUGGCAGACGCUGGCCUCCUGUCAGGAGCUGGCCGCCGCGCUGCGCUCGGCCGAGCCGACCGCCUUCGUCAGCCACCUGCCCGUCCACCAGGACGGCUCCUGUAACGGGCUGCAGCACUACGCGGCGCUGGGCCGCGACACGGCCGGCGCUGCCAGCGUCAACCUGGCGCCGGCCGACCGGCCGCAGGACGUCUACAGCGGCGUGGCCGUGCUGGUGGAGCAGCAGCGCCAGAAGGACGCCAGCGAGGGCCUGCCGAUCGCGGCCGCGCUCGACGGCUUCGUGCGCCGCAAGGUCGUCAAGCAGACGGUCAUGACCACCGUGUACGGCGUCACACGCUACGGCGCUCGCCUGCAGAUCGCCAAACAGCUCAACAAUAUCCCGGACUUCCCGAAAGAGCACGUGUGGCAGGGCUCCCUCUACCUGGUGACGCGCACGUUCCUGAGCCUGCAGCAGAUGUUCACUGCCGCCAAGGAGAUCCAGGACUGGUUCACCGAGUGCGCGCGCGUCGUGUCGUCGGUGCGCGGCGAGUCGGUGGAGUGGGUGACGCCGCUCGGCCUGCCCGUCGUCCAGCCCUACUUCCGGCAAAACAACAAGCCGGCCAGCCGGCCGCUCGGCGACACGGGUCGCAUGAGCUCGCCCCACUUCUACCACGAGGCCUACGACCGGCCAAACGCCAUGAAGCAGCGGAACGCUUUCCCUCCCAACUUCAUCCACUCGCUGGACUCGUCACACAUGAUGCUGACCUCGCUGCACUGCCAGCAUGCUGACAUCACCUUCGUGUCCGUCCACGACUGCUACUGGACCCACGCCGCCUCCGUCGACGCCAUGAACAAGGUGUGCCGGGAGCAGUUUGUGGCGCUGCACAGCCGGCCGCUUCUGCAGGAGCUGGCCGAGGGCCUGCUGGGCCGGUUCGGCUACCCGUCGGAUGGCCGGCUGCCGGAGCCGGCCUCGCACAGCCGCCUCAACAGCGUUCUGGCGGCCGUGCCCGAGCAGGGCGACUUCGACCUGCGCCGAGUGCUCGAGUCGGUCUACUUCUUCAGCUGA